AUGUAGAGACGUGUUUUUGGAGAAGUUAGGCCAUCGCAGAGAAAGGUGAUUUAGGGUGUAAGACAUCCGAAUUCUUAUAUUAUUACAUUACUGAUUUCAACUUUCAAAAUGAUAUUUUUAGGCUUCCUUACAUUGAUGCUGAUUCAUAUUGAUUAUGUUAUAUUAUAGGCGACAGGGCUAUGCGGUAGGGUAUGGGGCUAUGAGGUAGGGUAUGGGCGAUUGUCUGCACAAGAUCGCGAUUAUAAUUUAUUUAAAUAAAAUGUAAAAAUGCACCCAUUUUUUUCCUCCCCAAUUUCGUGGCAUCCAAUUGGUAGUUAGUCUUGUCUCAUCGCUGCAUCUCCCGUAUGGACUCCGGAGAAGCGAAUGCCGAGAGUCGUGCGUUCCCCGUAAUCACAACCCAGCCAAGCCUGAAAUUUCCGUCCUUAACUAUUUUCCGACAAAAAUAUAACUGCCAAAGGGGCGGAGUUUAGCCUGCAGAGUUUUGCCAAACUAUCCAGGUCUGUGACCAAACUAUUUGAGCUUCUACUUUUAAAAAUCCACCUUUCCAGAAACAAGUCUCUCACGGUUGCAGCUUGCUAUUGACCUCCUCCUGCCCCCAGCUGUGCCCUGGACACCAUAUGUGAAUUGAUUAACCCCCAUCUAUCUUCAGAGCUUGUGCUGUUAGGCGACCUAAACGGGGACAUGCUUAACACUCCGGCCAUCCUACGAUCUAAAUUUGAUGCCCUCAAUCUCACACAAAUUAUCAAUGAAUGUACCAGGUACAACCCCAAAUCCGUAAACAUGGGCACCCUCAUAGAUGUCAUCCUAACCAACCUGCCCUCCAAAUACACCUCUGCUGUCUUCAACCAGGAUCUCAGCAAUCAAAUUUAUUUGUCAUGUGCAGAUGUUAAUGCGAGUGUAGCGAAAUGCUUGUGCUUCUAGUUCCGACAAUGCAGUAAUAUCCAACGAGUAAUCUAACCUAAAUAUUUCACAACAAUUACCUUAUACACACAAGUGUGAAGGAAUGAAUGAGAAUAUGUACAUAAAAAAAUAUAUGAAUGAGUGAUGGUAUAGAGUGGCACAGGCAAGAUGCAGUGGAUGGUAUAGAGUACAGUAUAUACAUAUGAGAUGACUAAUGUAGGGUAUGUAAACUUAUAUAAGUGGCAUUGUUUAAAGUGUCUAGUGAUACAUUACAUCAAGAUGCAGUAGCUGGUAUAGAGUACAGUAUAUACAUAUGAGAUGAGUAAUGUAGGGUAUGUAAACAUAUAUAAGUGGCUAGUGAUACAUUUAUUACAUCAAUUUUUCCAUUAUUAAAGUGGCUGGAGUUGAGUCAGUAUGUUGGCAGCAGCCACUCAAUGUUCGGGAUGGCUGUUUAACAGUCUGAUGGCCUUGAGAUAGAAGCUGUUUUUCAGUCUCUCGGUCCCUGCUUUGAUGCACCUGUACUGACCUGGCCUUCUGGAUGAUAGUGGGGUGAACAGAUCCGAUCCAUUGUCCUGGGUAGUGGGCAAAACGGAGGAUCCGCUUUUGGAAAGUCAUAUUCCUGGUCGUAAUGAUGGUGAGUUGACGUUGCUCGUAUAUCCAAUAGUUCCUCCCGACUGUAUGUGAUAAAACCUAAGAUUACCUGGGGUAACAAUGUAAGAAAUAACACAUAAAAAAACAAAAAAAUACUGCAUAGUUUCCUAGGAAUGCGAAGAGAAGCGGCCAUCUCUGUCGGUGCCUCAUUGCCUGCGUCUGUAAUGGGUCUGCGGUCAAACGACCACCCCUCAUCACUGUCAAACGCUCCCUAAAACACUUCAGCAAGCAGGCAUUUCUAAUUGACCUGGCCCGGGUAUCCUGGAAGGAUAUUGACCUCAUUCCGUCAGUAGAGGAUGCCUGGUUAUUCUUUAAAAGUGCUUUCCUCACCAUCUUAAAUAAGCAUGCCCCAUUCAAAAAAUGUAGAACCAGGAACAGAUAUAGCCCUUGGUUCACUCCAAACUUGACUGCUCUUGACCAGCACAAAAACAUCCUGUGGCGUUCUGCAUUAGCAUCGAAUAGCCCCCGCGAUAUGCAACUUUUCAGGGAAGGUAGGAACCAAUACACACAGGCAGUUAGGAAAGCAAAGGCUAGCUUUUUCAAACAGAAAUUUGCUUCCUGUAGCACAAACUCCAAAACGUUAUGGGACACUAAAGUCCAUGGAGAAUAAGAGCACCUCCUCCCAGCUGCCCACAGCACUGAGGCUAGGAAACACUGUCACCACCGAUUAAAUCCGUGAUAAUUGAGAAUUUCAAAAAGCGUUUUUCUACAGCUGGCCAUGCUUUCCACCUGGCUACCCCAACCCCGGUCCACAGCCCUGCACUCCUCCCCAUAGCAACUUGCCCAAGCCUCCCCAUUUCUCAUUCACCCAAAUCCAGAUAGCUGAUGAGUCUCUGUGGGGAGAGAGAGGAGGGGACCACUGCCUCUGAAAUGAGUCUCUCUGGGGAGAGCGAGAAGCGAGGCACUGCCUCUAAAAGGAAGUAUUCUGACCGAGAGGAAGGGGCCACACCCUCUAAAAAGAGUGUGCCUCAAGACACCAGUUCUAAGAGAGACCAUGGUGGAGAGAGUUGUAUCGAGCCUGGACCUGAGGACACCAGAGACCAUGGUGGAGAGUGUUGGUUAAAGCCUGGACCUGAGGACACCAGAGACCAUGGUGGAGAGAGUUGUAUCAAGCCUGGACCUGAGGACACCAGAGACCAUGGAGGAGAGAGUUGUAUCAAGCCUGGACCUGAGAACACCAGAGACUAUGGUGGAGAGAGUUGUAUCAAGCCUGGACCUGAGGACACCAGAGACCAUGGUGGAGAGAGUUGUAUCAAGCCUGGACCUGAGGACACCAGAGACCAUGGUGGAGAGAGUUGUAUCAAGCCUGGACCUGAGGACACCAGAGACCAUGGUGGAGAGAGUUGUAUCAAGCCUGGACCUGAGGAAUUGAUUCCUCAGAGCUGUAAGACUUGUGACCAUGUGGAGGACUCCACACACUGGCUUCAGAUUGAACCCUUGACUUCCACUGCCCAGGGAGUGACAAUGUUCAGGCACAGGACACCCAAAGGGAGUUAUGAGUGCACAGUGUCUGGGCUCCGCUGGCUGUGUGAGAGAGAUGUCAUUCUGAAGUAUCACUUCAGGAACUGGGAACCCUACAGUCAACUUCUGAAAGACAUGCAGUACACACAAGGUGGUCCAUUGCUGGACAUCACUAUGGAGUUAGGUGAACUGGAGGAAGUUCAUCUGCCACACUUUGUCUGUUUAGGGACCAACCCUUCCUUGAGGAAUGAGAUGAAGAUUCUUCAUGCAGAGGAACAUGGAGUGUCUUUAGAGGAAGUGCAUGAGGUCACCAGAUUCCAUGUUAAGAUUCUCCAUCCCAAGUUUUCACCUAUCGCUCUGAUACUGAGAUUACUGUCUUGGAACGUAGAUGUCCACUGUGAGCUGAUGCUCUAUCUGACAGUGAAAAGGGAAACAUUAAUUUCUCGCCUGUACCUGUUCCCCUGGAACCCCGGCCAAAUACAGAAGAUUCAUCUCAUACAAAGAGACACCACACCAAGCUUUUUCAAGGCGAUUGUGAAAAUAACAGGGAUUGACAUUGAGAUGGAGUUAUUCAGUGAUGAUGAGAGGACAGCAUGGAAAGAGAAAGUAUCACGAUAUGAAUACAUCUCUGACACCCGUUCAACAAGUGCUGUGUUGGGGGCAGGAGGUCCGGCUGAGAGCAGUCUGACUGGUUCUGCAGAGCAGCAGCUGCGUUCUGUACGGACAGAGUUUGUGAAACGAGUAUCAGGACCUGUCCUGAAUGAACUGCUGGACAGACUCCUGCAACACACAGUCAUCAACCAGGAGGACAUGGAGUCAGUGAAGGUGAUCGCUGAGAGGGCAGAGAAGGCACGUGACAUCAUCGACAUGGUGUUGAGAAAAGGAACUGAGUCGUGUUCCAGGAUGAUCAACCUUCUUGGGGAGAUGGACCCCAAUCUUUGGUCACAGCUUCAGAUCAGUGUUGGAGUACCAACCGAAUGGUAGAAUGGAUAGUAACAGUGUUGGGGUACCAACCUAAUGGUAGAAUGGAUAGUAACAGUGUUGGGGUACCAACCUAAUGGUAGAGUGGAUAGUAACAGUGUUGGGGUACCAACCUAAUGGUAGAGUGGAUAGUAACAGUGUUGGGGUACCAACCUAAUGGUAGAAUGGAUAGUAACAGUGUUGGGGUACCAACCUAAUUGUAGAAUGGACAGUAACAGUGUUGGGGUACCAACCUAAUGGUAGAAUGGAUAGUAACAGUGUUGGGGUACCAACCUAAUGGUAGAAUGGAUAGUAACAGUGUUGGGGUACCAACCUAAUGGUAGAAUGGAUAGUAACAGUGUUGGGGUACCAACCUAAUGGUAGAAUGGAUAGUAACAGUGUUGGGGUACCAACCUAAUGGUAGAGUGGAUAGUAACAGUGUUGGGGUACCAACCUAAUGGUAGAGUGGAUAGUAACAGUGUUGGGGUACCAACCGAAUGGUAGAAUGGAUAGUAACAGUGUUGGGGUACCAACCUAAUGGUAGGAUGGAUAGUUAGUGUUGGGGUACCAACCUAAUGGUAGAAUGGAUAGUAACAGUGUUGGGGUACCAACCUAAUGGUAGAAUGGAUAGUUACAGUGUUGGGGUACCAACCUAAUGGUAGAAUGGAUAGUAACAGUGUUGGGGUACCAACCUAAUGGUAGAAUGGGGACAGUAACAGUGUUGGGGUACCAACCUAAUGGUAGAAUGGACAGUAACAGUGUUGGGGUACCAACCUAAUGGUAGAAUGGAUAGUAACAGUGUUGGGGGUACCAACCUAAUGGUAGAAUGGAUAGUAACAGUGUUGGGGUACCAACCUAAUGGUAGAAUGGAUAGUAACAGUGUUGGGGUACCAACCUAAUGGUAGAAUGGAUAGUAACAGUGUUGGGGUACCAACCUAAUGGUAGAAUGGAUAGUUACAGUGUUGGGGUACCAAAUGGGGACAGUAACACUCCAAUUGAACAACAUGGGGUGUGUUCACUAGGAAACAGACCUGGUCCUAGAUCAGGACUCCUACUCAACACCCUGGGGUGUAUUCACUAGGAAACAGACCUGAUCCUAGAUCAGGACUCCUACUCAACACCCUGGGGUGUAUUCACUAGGAAACAGACCUGAUCCUAGAUCAGGACUCCUACUCAACACCCUGGGGUGUAUUCACUAGGAAACAGACCUGAUCCUAGAUCAGGACUCCUACUCAACACCCUGGGGUGUAUUCACUAGGAAACAGACCUGAUCCUAGAUCAGGACUCCUACUCAACACCCUGGGGUGUAUUCACUAGGAAACAGACCUGAUCCUAGAUCAGGACUCCUACUCAACACCCUGGGGUGUAUUCACUAGGAAACAGACCUGAUCCUAGAUCAGGACUCCUACUCAACACCCUGGGGUGUAUUCACUAGGAAACAGACCUGAUCCUAGAUCAGGACUCCUACUCAACCAACGUUGGAAAACGUUAUGCUACGGUGGGCGACUAAUAAAUACACCCCUGAUCUGACUGGGCUGUAAUUCUUUGUCAAUAAAUGUUUGUUUCUGGGUA